AUGUCGAUCUCAGCUCAAGCAUGGAAGUCCAAGAAGUUUGGGGUGCCCAUGAUGGAGGGACGGGUAGCCUCAAUCUCCAAGGUCAAGAGAUGGGAUGGUGCUGCCAGAUCCUGCAGUGACUGGGAUAACUUGAGAAGGGAUCCCGAAUUAUGGUUUCGCGGCGGCAACUGCUUCGUCCACUUAUACGGCAAAGGCCAGUCGCGCAGAGGACCUGCGUUCAAGGUGCCCUUCGGCGCUCUGCUCUCUGCGAAGUGUCAUCCUUUCGUCAAGAAGUUCAUGUCCCGGGACGUCCCCGAGAUGCCAGAAUUAUUCAGCGACCCAUUUGAGGAUCUCGACCGAUGGAAUGCCCUGAAUCCUCACGAGAAGAUUGAGCUGUACAUCCCGGCGCCUCCCAUGGCCGACAAGGACCAAGCGUUUGCAUACCAUCUGGCAACCCGCAACUUCUUCGCUUGGAUUUUCAGACGUUCGAUCGUCGGCGAACACCUCGGCUCCGCGUUGAUCGAACUUCUGAACAGCAUGGCGGAGUUCCGAGGUCACAACGAAGACAACUUCACAGACCUCACAUCCUACAUGGACGAGGAAGGAUACCUUGAUUUAAAGGGCCAGCCGCACCAUGCACUCGCCAUUCUUCACCUAUCAGAGUGCUUUCAGAUGCGGGACAUGUAUAUCGACGCCUUCAGCCACUGCGUUGGAAUGAGCGAGGAGCUUUUCUGCAGCCCAGAGUAUCAGCACAUCAGCUCCAUCUCCAGGACGCUCAUUCGACGAGCGCGUGCAGACAUGAACAACCGUCUCAGCCAAGCCGGUAGCAUGUUGAAGACAUUCCUCGAGGAAGAGCUCUCCGAGACAAAUCUCGGUCUCCCGGCCGGAGGUCGGGCCCACCUGGACCGUUUCCGUGCCUUCGUGCUGUCGCAUUACAUGACGAGACUCGGCUACUACCCGCCGCUCUCGUUCGAUUCCCGGAGCACAGUAUUCGACCCUGAAAUUUUCGAAAUCCUCCGCAAGGAUUUCAAGGCAGUGUACGACCUGCUGGUUGACGAAGGCUUCACCGCGGAUGACAGCAGCCCGCUGCUCGCUCAGGGUGGCAUCUGCGCCGUGCAGAGCGUGCAGGCAUUCGAUGAGCGAUGCGAUUUCCCCUCCCUCAAGCAUCCGCUACCGUUACUGCCUGAGAUCGACGAUGACAAGGCAUCUCGUCGCAUGUCACUUGCCUGGUUGGCAAACACCGCACGGGGUGACAAGCUUAAGCCUGAUCAGAGACUUAUUGCACAUGCUGCUCUCAUCAAGGCUAUGAACAUCCGCGAUACGGAUAUGAUGGACAACGAGUUCGUCCGAGCCUACCGCAAGUUCGAGGAGGACUCGGUCGCACCCCACAUGAAGAGUGACAAGACGGAGAAGAUCAGCCCUGUUGACGCCCGAAAGGUGCGAUGGAUCUUGAUCUACGCUGUCCACCAGGUUCUCCGCAACUGCACGCAACCCCCUCCCGAGGUCCGCGAUUCCGUUGAUGUUGACUACCACCUGGCUGUGUCAACCGAGCAGUUGCCUCCUUGGAAGAACGCCCGUGGGCUCAAGCCUCUUCAGAGCCACAAGUUCACUCCGAAUGUCACACGCUCGCAGUCCAUCUCGCACUGGAACAACCCGAUAUCUCCCUCUCUUAUCUCACCCACGACGCUCGUGUCGCCCAGCAUCGUCAUCCAGCCAGACAUCGACUACACAGCCAAGGCACGCCGGGAUGAGCUUUCCCGCCGACAGUCGGUAGCUGCUGCCCCAACUACACCCGCCCGAUCUCGUAGCAGGAGUUUGUCUCGCAACAGCCCCUUCCGUCGGACACUAAGCAUCUUCAAGAAGUUCGAGGAAGAAAACCCAGCCCCCCGUAAGGCGUCAUACUGCGAGAUUGUAGUCCACGGCUAUGGCAACGGCACCAACGCUGUCACCAAAUUAGCGCCCCGCGCCGUUGAGCAGCCUGAGGUUUCGCCAAACACCCUCGCUCCCGCCCCGCGCUCCUUCUCUACUUCCUCAGAGUCGAGCGCGAUUUCUGAGGUUUCCGCCGGCGGCGUCAGCUUCGUCACUGCCGAAUCAACGGCGCCGCCGACCUCACCUGAGUCACCGGACAAGAACUGGCCGAACCAGGACUCCCCGAUGCUGAGUCCCAUUCCUCUUCGCGGCCGCAGGCGUGUCAGGGACGUGCUCUCAUUUACAGGAACUCCACGUGCUAGCUCCUCGGAGUGGUCUCCCGACAGGCGCCACAGCGUCAUCGGAAGCGGCAGCUACGCCCACGACUACGAGGAGUUGAUCAAGGAGCAGGAGGCUCACUUCGACCGUCACGAGCUGGAACCUCUCCCGCUUCAGAUUCGCAAGGCUUCGGCGCCGUUGACUCUCGAAGCCAUGAUCGCCGAGGAUAAAGAUGUCCAGCCGGAGUGGGAGCAGUUCCAGGAUGUUGGCGGCUUGACCAGUUUGUCGCCGCUGCACAUCUAA